AUGGACUGGUAUCGCUGGGCGUGCGCGCGCUGGUGUGACCAGCUCGCGCGCGCGCCGCCGGCGGCGCCGCAGACGACGCCGACGAAGCGGCCGCGCGCGGCGGGCGAGUCGCCGUUCAAGGCCACGUCGCCGCUCGCGACGCUGCCCGCGGCCGCGCAGGAGGAGCUGCUCGCCGAGUUCGAGGACAGCAGCUCGGACGAGGAGGACGACGAGGUCGAGGAGGACGAGACCGAGGAACAGGGUGCCGAGGAGGGCCCAGCAGAGGAGCCCGAGGCCGACGGCGCGCUCUUCACGUGCCCGAACACGACGAACAUCCCACCGUCCGACUACACGCUGGACCCCUUGCCGGCGGCGCCGGAGCCUAAGACCGAAGGCCGCCGCAGCCGCACGGACUGGCUCGCGGCACCGGUCAUCGCGAUCCUGAAGGCCACCUCACUCGAGGAUCCCGAGGUGAAAAAGGUGCUCGAUGACCACUUCAUGGUCCGCGCGAAGCGCUACCCGGCCCGCGACGUCUACAAGUGGUCCGACACCUUCCUCGCCUUUGCGCGCACCGCGGAGACGGCGCGGCUCUUCGAGGCCUGGCGCGCCGCGGGCGACCUGCGGCGGUCGCUCGCGGAGCGCGCGGUCUACGGGUCCCUCCGGACGGCGCUCCUGCGGCCCGCGCCCAACUGCGCCGCGCCGACGUACCAGUGCGGCGACAACGCCUGGAACCCGCGGGGCGCGCGGGCCUGCGCCGUCGUGCACGGCCGCGCGUUCAACGACAAGGACCGCGAGGCCGCGGAGUCGCUCGACCGGCGGCCGCCGGGCGGCGCCGCGGCGGUCUUCGCGGCGACGCAGCGCGUCGCCUUCGGCAUCAACGGCGCCGGCCGCCUCGGGCGCCUGCCCACGGCCGUGGCCCAGGUCCACGUCGUCGCGCCGGGCGGCGCGGACGCGGCGCUCGGCGCCGCGCUCGACGUCCGCGGCGCCUACGACGGCGGGCCGCGCCACGUCCGCGUGGACCAGCCGGGCAGCGACGCGACGCGCCAGCUCAACCGGACGCGCCACCUCUGGCAGCUCCAGGUGCGGCCGCGGCAGCGGAAUUCGGCGCGCGUCGUCGUCACGGGCGACCGCGUGCCCGCGUUCAACCUCACGGAUCCGGCCACGAUCUCGGGCAGCCCCAAGGCCAUGGACUGGUAUCGCUGGGCGUGCGCGCGCUGGCGUGACCAGGUCGCGCACGCGCCGGCGGCGGCGCCGCAGACGACGCCGACGAAGCGGCCGCGCGCGGCGGGCGAGUCGCCGUUCAAGGCCACGUCGCCGCUCGCGACGCUGCCCGCGGCCGCGCAGGAGAAGCUGCUCGCCGAGUUCGAGGACAGCAGCUCGGACGAGGAGGACGACGAGGUCGAGGAGGACGAGACCGAGGAACAGGGUGCCGAGGAGGGCCCAGCAGAGGAGCCCGAGGCCGACGGCGCGCUCUUCACGUGCCCGAACACGACGAACAUCCCACCGUCCGACUACACGCUGGACCCCUUGCCGGCGGCGCCGGAGCCUAAGACCGAAGGCCGCCGCAGCCGCACGGACUGGCUCGCGGCACCGGUCAUCGCGAUCCUGAAGGCCACCUCACUCGAGGAUCCCGAGGUGAAAAAGGUGCUCGAUGACCACUUCAUGGUUGAUGGCAUGGGCUGGACUCCACUCAAACAUGAAAGAUGGUGGAAGAUGGGCAAUGGGAUGUUCCAAUCGUAUUCGAUCGCAAUGUAA